CUCAUUACCAUAUCAACAACAUCCAAUUCAAUCAGCUCAAACUCAUCAUCAACUAAACUCACUUCAUUCAAAUUCAGAUUCAGAUUCAGAACAAGAACAAGAACAAGAACAAGAACAAGAACAAGAGGAGGAAGACGACAGUGAAUACUAUAGACCAUCCAAUCGAUCUUCUACUACUCUUAAACUAAUCGAAACUAACUCAUCAAUCAAACCAGAAGAUUCAAUCAGUCAAACUCAUCAUCAAUCUCCUCAUUUACCCAUGUCAAGCUUUGGUACUCAUCAACACUAUAGACAACCAAGUGAUGAGACUAUCACUUAUCCUCAUCCUUCUGCUUCUUCUUCAAUAAAACCGUAUCAUCCUCAAGAUCUUCCAUCUCAUCAUCCUAGAUAUUAUCAUCAAGAUUCAUCUGAUGAUUCAUUAGAUCAUCAAACAAUAGCUGAAUCUUCUUAUUUACCUAUCCAUCCUAAAUCAAAUCAAUAUCAGCAUUCAAGGAGAUAUGAAGAAGAAGAUGAUUAUGGAAAUGAAAAGUUAAACAAACAUGAUUCGAUUCAAAACAUACCAAACCAAUUCGAUCUAGAAGGAUCAAAUCAUCCAUCAAAUCAUAAAUAUCCACCAGCUGAUUUAAAUCAAAAUCUUUUAAACAAUCAACAACAUGGUCGAAAUCCUUCAUUUGUUAGACCAUCGGUUUGGAAACGAAUCUUUUGGGAUACGAGUCCAAUCGAAAUGAGAAUUUGGAAUCAUCAACAAGGUAUUGGAAUUCAAGAAAGAGCUUAUGUUUGUUAUCUUUUAGCUUUGGGAAUGUUGAUUGCUUUAAUUCUAGAACUUGUCACCAAUUAUCAAGGUACACCAAUCGCUACAAAACCUAGUUUCAAUUAUAUGAUUGGACCAUCGGCUGAAAUUCUCAUCAACACGGGCGCUCGAUUCACUCCUUGUAUCAAAUACGUUCCUGGGGUUUCAACUAUCUCAUUUCCUUGUCUUAAUGAUACAUCAAGCCUACCGACUUGUUCUAUGCCACUUGAGGAAGUUUGUGGGUUUGGUGGGUUCAAGACCCCUGGUCAACCUGAUCAAACAUUCAGAUUUAUCCUACCCAUGUUCUUACACGCAGGAGUGAUUCAUUAUGCGAUCAAUAUCUUAGUCCAAAUGACCUCAUCAGCCUUGAUCGAAAGACAAAUGGGAUCCAUUCGAUUCUUAUUACUUUAUAUUCCAUCUGGAAUCUUUGGUUUUAUUUUAGGUGGCAACUUCUCAUUAGUUGGACAACCAAGUGUAGGAGCUUCUGGUGCAAUCUUUUCUACACAUGCGGCUGUCUUGGUAGAUUUAGUGGCUCAUUGGUCAAUUGAAGAUAGACCAGCUAGAAAGUUAUUCUUUUUAUUAUUUGAGAUUAUAGCAGGAUUGGCAUUAGGAUUAAUUCCAGGAAUUGAUAAUUUUUCACAUUUAGGUGGAUUUGCAAUGGGUUUAUUAUUAUCUUUAAUUUUAUUUCCAGUUUUACAUCAAACUAAACUUCAUCGAAUUAGUUUUUAUACGAUGAGAUUGGUUUGUUUGUUAGGUUCAAUCUUGAUGUUUUCAUUACUUUAUCGAAAUUUCUUUACAGAUGAUCCGGCUGCUAGUUGUAGUUGGUGUAGAUAUUUGAGUUGUUGGCCUACACAAGCAAACAAUAGAUGUAAAGGAACUGGAUUAGGAAUGACCGAGAUCACGACGACUUCACCUAAUAAUUCGUUGAAUGGAUGGCCAGUUUUGUUAUUUUUGGCCAUUGGUCCUAAAUUGAUUUUGAAAUGGAUUUCAAAUCAAUCAUUCUUUCGAUUUAGAUCAACAUGAAAUCAGGAGAUAUUCUUUCUUUUCAAAUCGUGGAAAAGAAUUCGAUCAAGUUAAACUUUAUUUAAAUUGCUUUUUUUCUUUUCAAACUCGUUCUUUAUCUUCAUUUUUUUUCUCGUUACUUGAAGUACAUUUUUAUUUGGUUUGAAGUAUAUAUUUAUAUAUUAAACAUUAGAUCACCAGUUUUACCUAAAAUAAACAAGACGAAAUUAAGAACUACUACUACCACACACAUACAACUUAUACUCUCAUUUUUUUUACAAUUUCUUUUUUGAUGAAUUGGAAGAAUUGAAUUGUAUAUUUUCUUUUCUCUCUUUUGGACUUAGGGGUUUUUUUCAUUGGAAUAGGUCUGGGAUCUAAUGAAGAAUAGUAAGAAGAAUCAUCAUCAUCUGUAACAUAGAAGAUCAUCAUUCUAUAUAUAAAUAUAUAUCAUUAAAAAAUUAAUAUCUUGUAUUUAUUUCAAUUUUUUUUUUAUCAUCUUUGAAUUACAUGGGAAAUUAUCAUUUGAUUG